AUGUCCACGAUUGGCGGAUUGUCCUCGACCCCGAGUCAAGUUCCCACGACGGCUGCUGCUGACGUGAGCUUUCAACGACUGGCCGACCACCAUAAUGGUGAGUCGAGCUCACAUGGGUCUUUGAGGUCGAGGCAGAGGAGUCGGAGUAGGGAGGCUGAGGAGCAGAGGAGGAGUAGGGAGGUCGAGGAGCAGAGGAGGAGUAGGGAGGUCGAAGAUCAGAGGAGGAGUAAGGAGGAGCCGAGACGAUCUCAGGAGACGCCGCCGAGUCGAAGUCCUGCGAAGCUGCAGAAAAGUGUCGGUAGCGCACAUCGACAUAGGACGUCUGGUGGUUUUCUCCUGGACUCGGCAGCAGUCAAUGGUAGUCCGAAGGGCAAUGCUUUACCGCAUCGAGAUGGUAAGAGGAAAGCACAGAAUGGCUUCUUGCAUGUGGAGAAGAGAGGGCAGAAGAGCUCGAGAUUAUCGGGCGAUAGCUCGAUCGGCAGCUCGCCACUGUCACGUCAGAUAUCUCACGAGCAUGGUGGCAGUUCGCAAGGAAGCUCUCGGCCUCCGAGCAUGGAUCCUGCACAGCUAGUGCAGAUGGCAUUAGAAUUGAGCGAGAGUCGGCGGAGGCAGGUCAGUGGAGGUCUGCAGAUACCUCUACCUUCACCUCGGGAUCGGAGACGCGUGUCGACCCUUCGACCAUCUGGCACUGUGCGAGUACCCGUCUCACCGCAAGAUCGGACCAGCCAUGACAACAGUAACGGAGUGAAAGGUACAUCUAUUCCGUACAGCUCGAGCAGGGUCGCAUCCGGUCAAGGAGGGCCUUCAUUGGGCUACGAUGGAGUUGCUGGGGACGAGGAACCACGGAACUUCACUCCAGCUACCUUGUCUCGUGCUGAACGUGCUCGCAAGUACUUUGAGCUGGCGAGCGAGCAUCGACGACUUUUACUAACAUUACCUCCACUUAAGCCAGAUGGCGAUGCACCUGGCAAUCACACAUAUACGGCCAAGAACAGCCCUGGUAGCACUUUUCCGGAAAUCUCUCGGACAGUUUCGCGCGCCAACAACAAGCAUGAGCUUGGUCGUCAGUACAACCCUCUGCAAGCUUUGCGCAACCGUAGGCUACGAAACAGGGAGAGACAACCUUUACCUGCACCUAUCGAGACGUGGCAAGACACCGACAUAAUUAGAGCAUGGGUCGAUGAUGUUGAGACAGCUGUAGAGCAUCCCGAGUAUCGGAGUACUCCCGACCAAGUCCAGCUGCCAGAUUAUGAUGGUGACGAUGGUGGCGAGGCUGACCAGCGUGUUACUUCUCGAGGUCAUCGCAGGACCGAUACUGUUAGCUCUGUGAUCACCCGACCCGAGAAUGGCUGGAGUAUCGAACCAUGUGAAUUGCUUGCAGAUACGUACUGGACCGAGAAAGGCGACAACAAGGCUUUGGUCGAGAAUCGUCGUGGCAUCAAGCUCUUCCCAGCUCUGGUCAGAAGAAGCAUGGAUCAAGCACGAGCAAGUAGAGAGAGCGGCAGAGUCUCGAGUGAGCGACAGACUCUAGAUCUCGCGCAAGCAGACGAGAUACCUUUCUACAAGCGAGCACACAGAGGACCGCACUUCCUGCCUAGAAAGCACAAAGUACUGCCAAGAUCUGGUAGCGUCUCGUCAGUCAGCAGUGCGGAAGGACGGCAUGUACCGAACCUCAACGGCUCUCUAGAGGACGAUUUCGAUAAUAUCGGACCCCUAGAGAAGCAGAUGCAAAAGUUGAUUGCACAAGAGGCUAAGGCGCAGGCGACUAGUCCCACAUCGCCUGAGCUAUUGUCGCCAGAUCAUUGGAACUCGGAGCAUACUCCCUUCCCGAAUCAGCGAUCACGCAGGGAUACUCGCUCGCACGAACAGGAAAUAGCACCCACACAGAUCAGCCGACUGUCUGUCGACACGGCGCGCGAGCACAAGCGUGCAAAGUCUGCCGAUGGUCGUGUAGGGGCCAGUGAUGGUAGACCGUCUAUUGACCGUGGUAAUUCAUACGAGGCCCGAUCACCAACCAUAGCAGGGUUUCGAAACUCUUUAGACAUCGAUCGCUCAUUACCAGAAGAUCGGCAGAGUCUUAUAGCGAGGCAGAAGUCACGCUUGCAUCGGCUGCCUUUUAUGCGCUCGCACAGUAAAGAACGUAGUGGUACUGAACGUACCGACUUUGCUGACAGAGCCACGCUCGCGAAUGAGGGCACUGUCAAUGAGUCGAGGUUGAGUCAAGACUCGGCUCGGCCAUCUUUCGUGCAGCGACAGCGGACUGCUGAUAGCACGACUGGCAGCUUCAAGCGUCAAGGCACGGGCGAGUCUGCGGGCUCGGCCAAGGACAGCGGUUCCGUGAUGGGUCGUCUACUGAAAGGAGGGCGGGUGGGCGAUUUGAUGCGCACGGAGAGCUCGCGCAUCAGUGACCGCUUUCGUAGCAAAGACCGUGUUGAUGACUUGUCACCACACUCCGAACGUUCAGACAGUGGCACGGACGAAGAGGCGGAAUUGCCGGCGAACUAUACUGGUGACCCGAGUCCGCGUACUUCACUGGAUGUGUCAAGAGCGAAGGGAAAGUACCACUUACCGAACUUGCCAUCCUUCAAGUCCCCGGCUGCUCGAGGUAGUAUAGCGGGUUCGAUCUCAAACGAUAGUGACCCGAUUACUCGUCAACAGCAAGCGCAACGAGAUGCUGCAAAGCCAUCGAGGUUCAACCACCUGCCACGAAUCAACCUGCCUGCUGACGACGGCUCUGCUAUAAAUCUCUCCGUGCAAGACCUGGAAAAUGAUCGCCGGAAGAGCUAUGGCUUCCUUGGCCAGGGCUCGGGCCCGUCGUCACGUAUCACGUUUGGGCCUGUUGAGGAAAAUGCGUCCGGGCAUUCUACGCCCGGCCAGCACAGAUUACACACGCAACGUGGGCGACACUGGAGUAUCUCUGAUCAACGCAUGCCGGAGAAGCUGUCUACGAAAGUCACGAUGCGGGACGUGGCUCGCGCGAAAGCUCUGUUAUUGUCUUCCGGCGUCAAAGCAAGGGAGAUACAGCGCCGCGCGGACCUGCCGCGUGACGAGUCGUUGUCGCUCUAUACCGACAUCCAGAAGUUAGUCGGCAAGGAAAUCGGCCCUGUGUCGAGACGAGAAGAGCAUCUCGUUGUCUCACGUAUGCUGGCCGAUCACCUCACAAGCAGCUUGGCAGACAUCGAGAACGCUCUGGGUCUCUUCCAGCAGGACCCGACUAAACGCCUGGGCGAACAAAUCAAUGCACUCGGCCGGAAAGCGGGCGACGAGCUCGCCACAGUCGUGCACGAUACCUCGGACGAUGCAGAUGCUUUCAUCAUCGAACUUACUACCAAGGCACCGCAGGACGUCAAACGUGUAGAUGAUGCAGUGGACGAUAUAUUACGGCAGCGCCGACGACAGUUCCGCUUGCUCAGGAAGACGGGCUUUAAGCUUCUGGAGUGGUUGGUGCUGGGUAUUAUGUGGUGGGUUUGGUUCUUGGUUGUUUUAUUCAAUACUGGCAAGAGGAUUGUGCUGGCGAGCUUUGCGCUGGUCAGGUGGUUGCUUUGGUUCUAG